AUGUCUCAUAGUUAGAGAGCACUGAAUACAGCAUGAACUAGGUUCUCAUGAGAGAGGCUUGUUUUUUUUAGAUGAUCUCUGUGGCAAAGUUUUUGUAAAGUUCCGUUUGAAAGUCCAUUUAAAUUUAUUUAAGCAACACUUUCAGUUCCGAUGUUUCAUGUCUAACGUUAGAUCUCGUCCCAAUCUCUCAGUAACUGUUUUUUUUAAGACCUUUUGACAACAAUUAAAAGGGUUAGAUCGUUAUUUUAAAACAUCAUGUCGCACAAGCGUGACAUGAACAAGCUUUUGUUAAAUGUUUUAUGUAGUAGGCUAAUUCAGAAUAUUUCAUUGUCAGAGUAGGCAAAAGUUACUCAAACAGAGUAACCAUAUGCAGAUACUGAUCCUUUCAUUAUGCAUUUACAAAGGAAUAUAAUUCCAUUACAUAAUAUACUUGUUAUUAAGAAAAUCAGCAUUGCAAACUCACAAGCAUGAUGUCAUCUGCCUUUCAGGGAUUUUCCAGCUCCUUGAUCAGUCAUGAGAUUUAUUCCACUCCUGAUCAACCUCUUCAGGGUUGUGCAGAAGACAAUAGUAAAGUCUGACAAAGCCUUGCUGUCAACUAGUAGCUGUUGUCUUCUCUGAGGACUAAUCGUUUUUUUAAGAUCAAAUUGCUUUUCACAAAGCGGACAUUGCAUGCAUAAUUUAAUCAGUUGCCCUCGAUUUCAGAAGUUGAGGAAAUUGAUUAGCAUGGUGUUGAGUUGCCUUCGUCUAUUCAGUGGCUGGACGGAACAUCUGAACAUCUUUGUUCAAAGCCUUGUUUGCUAUUAUUAAUACGAAAAAAAAAAAAAUUUUGCCACUCGACAUGCCAAGCGUGAGGGUUUCAGAUUAGCUCUCAAUGUUCUCUUCUAUAGCUGUCUCUAAAAGGAUCCUUUCUGGCCAUGCGUGGUUAAAAAAAAGCAGUACCUAAUAGUGAAUCACAGAAAAACAUUUUACAAGAAACUCAGCCCAGUUAAACCUGUCUGUGAAUGAAAGAUGCAAGCGUUUAAUCUCAGUAGAUUAACCUUGAUAGUGUAGUGGCAGGCAGUGAUUGGAGAAAUAUCUGUCAUAGUGUACUGUGAUGUCACCGUGUGAUUAAAAAAUGGCUUGUUGUCGAUGUCUCCGACUCUCAUGGAAAGACAGUUAGGCUUCCCUGCCCUUGUUUAGAGUUCACACUUAUCAAGCAAAGCUCUGUGUGGCGUACAAACACCAGAAAGAGCAGGAGGGUGGGCUGUCAUUGUUAUAUAUGUGAACAGAGGGAAUGUUUGUGUUUUCUUCUCUGUGAAAAAGCAAUGUUUAGGAGCUCAUGUGGAAUCCUCUGUAACCAGAGAUGCUGUUUCCUGGGUGUGUUAACUGAAAAAAAGCAUUGAGCUAGCAACGCCGGAGUCAUGGGUUCAAUUCCAGGCAGUACACAUAAUGUAUACCUUUACCUUAAGUACAUUGUAAAUUAUUUAGUAAAUUACCAAAGAAGUGUAUAUUUGAGGGUGCGUGUUAUGUUUGCAGUAUAUGUAGGCAAUGUAUUCAUUCAAUUAGCUCCCGAAACCAUUGUACAAUAAACAAUUUUGUAAAAUUGUCUCACGUCAAAGAAUACAGUAUACUGUGGAGUAACCGCUGUCAGUAAUGGAAACAUCACAGGUUCAAUGUUUCCAUUUCCAAAAGUGCUUAUUUCAUUAUCAGACCUGCAAUACAUUUGGUCUCAAUGUGAUAAUGGGAGGUACUGAAACUUUAAUGAACCGCAUGGGUGCUUUCAGAUAUCUGUCAUGCUCUCUAAGCACGGUUAAUUAUUCAGAAUUCUUUUUUUUAGGCAGUAAUGUCAGAGUUCACUCUGAGUUCUCGAGAACCGAACUGGAUAAACAUUUAUCGCCUAUCUGCAACAUUCCUUUUACGAUUCUUGUAUGUAAAAAGAUUACUUCACAGCUGCUGUGAAAGAGCGGAUUGCCUUGGUUCUACAGUUUUUUCUCCCAUCAAGGCUGAUAUUGCGGGUAACAUAACUAAAAUCAAGGCCGUGUAUGACAGUAAUCCCGGCAGAUUUAAAACCCUGCACAACAUUUUGGAAGCAGAAAAAGAGAUGCAUGGAGCCGAAUGGCCAAAAGUGGGAGCAACACUUGCCCUCAUGUGGUUGAAAAGGGGGUUACGCUUUAUCCAGGUUCUUCUGCAAAGCCUAGUGGAUGGAGAAAAGGAUGAAAACAAUCCUAAUCUCAUCAGAGUCAAUGUCACCAAAGCCUAUGAGAUUGCCUUGAAGAAAUAUCAUGGCUGGUUUGUUCAGAAGCUCUUCAAAGCAGCACUGUAUGCCGCUCCGUACAGAUCAGAUUUUCUCAAAGCGCUGUCUAAAGGACGAGAGGUUAAGGAUGAAGAAUGCUUGGAUAAAGUACGGCUGUUCUUAGUAAACUUCACAGCUACUAUUGACGCCGUCUAUGAAAUGUACACCAAGCUGAACGCAGAGCUGGACUACACUGUGUGAUCCGAAUUCGAACUUGAAACCUUCUGCUGUCCCAGAGGAUCGCUGUUGCCUCCCAAUAGACAGGCCUCUUCACUGCACCGUUCUUUCUUUCUACUGGAUCUCUGUUAUUGAUGCUUUCUCUUGGGGGCCAAUUAUGAUCCGAGCUGCUGAAGACUCUUGUGAUAUCUAAAGGGAAAAUUUGUUUUGCCUGUUGUUUGCCUUGAGCUGUUGGUGGUGUGAAUGUGUUUGCUUCCUUCAAAAAGUUGUGUUCUUCAAAACGAUGGGUUUUAAUCACUAUCACUAAUUAGAUUUCUUCAUUUUUAGUACACAUGCACUUCGAGGAGAUGUGUAUGAGAUGUUUUUCUAUUUCUUUGUUUAAUCAAAUAGCAGACUAAAAAUUAGGGUUUUACCAAAACCAGUCUGCAGAUUUAAUAACCAAAUAUCUGAUGUGAUAUUGUUUACUUUGGAUGUAUUUUAUGAAAAAAAAAUACUUGAAUGUGACCUGCUGUUGAACAUGAAAUGUAGAGAAACUACUUCAGAAGUGAUCGCAAAGGCACUCAAUUGAGUGGUGAUUUAUAUUUCAUAAAUCUCUCUCUCGCUCUCUCUCUCUAUAUAUAUAUAUAUAUUUCCUUUCAUAUACAUUUUACAAGAUAUUUUAUGAUGGCACAGUGACUGAACAUGUAAUUGGAGUAUUGUUAGGUUGUAAUAUUUCACUUGUCAUUCCCAAAUUCUGAAAUAUUAAAUUCAUUUAUUUAUGCUAAAUUUAUGUGUUAAUUUAUUGAAAUGUUUUUUAUUCUAGUUGCAUUUUGCUUCUGACAUGGCGUUUUCUGACAUUACAGGCUUCUCAUUUUUGUUGUACUUCACCACUUUUGUUUGACCCGAGUCGGCAAGCAAACAUGGACAAACUGUUUUGUUUCCCACAUCUUAAACGUGUAAAUUGACUGUUGUUAUGUGUAGUCUCUUUAAAAUCUAAUAAAAGUCAUGUUCUU